CCGUAUUUGCAUUUCUUCUGUUGCUUUUCUUUCUUUAAUAUUUCUUUUUUGUUUAUAAAUAGUAACAUUAAUUCACCGAUGCUUUGGAUGCCAUGACAUUGACCUUGCUGACCGGCCUCGGUGGCGUAGUGGUUAGGCCAUCGGACUACAGGCUGGUAGGUAUUGGGUUCGGAUCCCAGCCGAGACAUGGGAUUUUUAAUCCAGAUACCGACUCCAAACCCUGAGUGAGUGUUCUGCAAGGCUCAAUGGUGCUUCCAUUCACACUACAACUUUGGAGACACAUCGACAUCGGCAAAUGUUUAUUCCAGGCAGCUUUUAGACAAGUAACAAAAUAAGAAAUGAGACAGUUCUAACUUUUAAGGUCCUUUGUCAUAAAUGAAGUAUGUCUACCAAUGAUCAGAGAUGUGUCAACCAUUGUGGAACCAACCAUGAUCUGGAAGUACAAACAUCAGCACAUGCUUGUGAGAAACCUUUUCGAUGUGGGAUGUGUUUAAAGUGUUUCUCAUGCAAGAGUAAGAUUAAGCAGCAUAUGAGAAUCCACACUGGUGAACGACCAUAUCAGUGUGAAGUGUGCAGAAAGUGUUUUCGUCUGAGUUACGGCUUGAAAACUCACAUGUUAGUACACAAUGAAGUCAAGAAUUUUAAAUGUAAAGUUUGUGAAAAACAUUUUUCUUAUGGUUCCACCUUGAACAGUCAUAUGUUGUUUGACACUGGUGUUAAAUCUUUUCAAUGUGAGGUGUGUGCAAAAUGUUUCUCACACAGUGGCGAUUUGAAAUCGCAUAUGUUGGUUCACACUGGUGUUAAAUCUUUUCAAUGUGAGGUGUGUGCAACCUGUUUCUCACGCAGUUACAACUUGAAACGGCAUAUGUUGAUUCACACUGGUGUUAAUCCUUUCAAAUGUGAGGUCUGUGCAAAAUGUUUCUCACACAGUGGCGAUUUGAAAAAUGAUAUGUUGUGUCAAACUGGUGUUAAAUCCUUUCAAUGUGAGGUGUGUGCAAAAUGUUUCUCACACAGUGGCGAUUUGAAAGGGCAUAUGUUGAUUCACACUGGUGUUAAACCUUUGAAAUGUGAGGUUUGUGCAAAACGUUUCUCAGAGAGUUAUAAUUUGAAAAAACAUAUGUUGGUUCACACUGGUGUUAAAUCUUUUCAAUGUGAGGUGUGUGCAAAAUGUUUCUCACAAAGUGGCCAUUUGAAAGGGCAUAUGUUGAUUCACACUGGUGUUAAACCUUUGAAAUGUGAGGUUUGUGCAAAACGUUUCUCACACAGUGGCGAUUUGAAAAAACAUAUGUUGGUUCACACUGGUGUUAAAUCUUUUCAAUGUGAGGUGUGUGCAAAAUGUUUCUCACUCAGUAACGCCUUGAAACAGCAUAUGUUGAAUCACACUGGUGUUAAAACUUUCAAAUGUGAGGUGUGUGCAAAAUGUUUCUCACACAGUUGCUUUUUGAAACAGCAUAUGUUGAUUCACACUGGUGUUAAAUCUUUUCAAUGUGAGGUGUGUGCAAAAUGUUUCUCACGCAGUCAGGGUUUGAACCAACAUAUGUUAAUUCACACUGGUGUUAAAUCUUUUCAAUGUGAGGUGUGCACGAAGUGUUUCUUACAGAGUGGCAAACUUGAAACGGCAUAUGUUGAUUCACACUGGUGUUAAAUCUUUUUAAAGCUGCCUUUCCAUUAGUGCGGUUAUUUCCGCACGGCUAGCCGUUUGUUCAUUUACAAAUUAGAAACAGUGCUCAGAUAUAUCAUGAGGUUCACGAAUCAGUGGCGUAGCGUGGGCGGGGCACAAAAUUCUGGACUGGUGGAAGGGACUAAGGGAGUGCUAACAGUCCACUGGUUAGGGGGCGCAAUACUUGCCUUGCCCCGGACGCUGGCAACCCACGCUACGUCACUGUCAUGAAUUACUUUAUAACUUGUACAUGUCUAUUUUUGCCCACAAAGAUUCAUUUCGUUCUCGGUGAAUGUUAAGUUUUUAAUAUCUGAUACUCGAAAUAAAACAUGGGCUCGGA